GUGGCCGGUAGCUCAGUAGGGUGAUGCGUAAUUGUUUCUUUGAUUGAUCCAGUAUGUCUUUACAGUCAGUACUGUGUAUCUUCUCCAAAUGAUCCACUCGUUUGUGAACAGGUCAUACCAUGGCAGUCAUUCCAGUCUUGGCUUGUUUAAAAAAAGAUUUUGAAUUUUUCAUGUAAAAUAUUUUUUGAUAGAUACAUUAAUUGAUCUUGGGAAAUAUGUCAUAAAGAUGGGGGACCUGUCCAUUUGUAUUUGUAUUAAAAAAUGACUCUGCUGUGCAGCAGGUAAUCAUGGGUAAGUCAGUCUAUUCAGGCUGCAUGAGGUUUCUUUAAUUUUUAACAGGGCAAAGUGUUAUUGUAAGAUCUCUAUGGAAACGAUGUGUUUAUAUGUUGGCACAGUUUGUAGCAGUUUUCAGACUGGCUUGACAACUGGUGAGUAGCUCUACGUAGUACCUUUUUAUAGUUUCCUUAUAGUAGCUUUAUUAUACCACUACAGUAGCCUAGAAAUGGAAAUCAUUCUAAUGUACGCAGGCAGCUGCAAUUUAGUGUCAAAUGGAACAUGACCGAAUAUUCCUUUGUAUAAGAGGGUGAGACCAGGACACGGGGUCACACAGCUGAAGACACAGCAGGCACAGUUCUGAGUACUGAAUUAUGCAGCAACAGAAAUGAGAAAUCAGUUAAGUUCUCAUCUUUUUCAAACAGCCAUACUGUCUAAACUGGAGGACCAAAAUGCCGAACAGAGCUCAGGAGGAUGCGGUUAUUAACCUGAAGUCUGUCCAGGAUCUGUCGCGGUACCUGGGCUUUGAGUGGCCGGUUCUGGCCUACGAGCUGGGCUUCACUCGGGCGGAACUCAGGCGGUUCCACACGGUGUCGGCAGAGAAGAAGGCCCAGGCCAAGAGCAUGCUGGAGUGCUGGUACAGCAGGUCGUGGGACAAGCCCAAUAAGACCAAGCUCCUGCGGGACGCUUUGGAGCGGGCGGGGCGGAGGUAUCUGUCGGACCGCCUGCUCUGUCUUCACUGGGGGCACCAGAAGCUGAGCUCCAGGGUGGAGCUGCCCGCGGCCUUCCCCUUCAUCAUCACCGUGCACAAAACCAUAGACAACCGCGAGGGCCUGCGCAGGAUCAACGAGCUCAACCGCCGAUAUACCUAACUGUCCCCGUAUCCCGGCAACCGAUCAUCACGUUCACUGAAGGGGUCUCUCUUAUCAGCUCAAAUGAAAAAAAGGCUCAUAGAAAGCUUUUCCUUCUUUCACAAAAAAAGGUCUAUUCAACUGCAAUUUUCUUCUAGUCUGAAGAUUUGAGUGGAAAUUAAAAAAUUCUGUUUUGAUUGCUGUAGCCAAUUUACAGUGUGCUUGGACUGAUUUUAAUGGAACACGUUUGGCUUGGAAAUGGGUUAAUACAGUACAUGCGUUGAACAGUUAAAGAAUAUAUCCAUCCAGUACUGUGCUGUUAAGGUGAUUUUCAAAAUUACAUUCUUAAACCUCAAAGUCAGUUGGCUCCAUUGCUGAAUUAUUUCUGGAUUGUAUUAAUCAGAAUAUUUUGUGCUAAAAAAAAAAAACUAUUCCCCAAGGAUGAAUAAUAUAUACAGUCAUCUGUAUUUUUGUCAGUGGCUGCAACACAGCUGUAAUCGCUGUUGUCUUUCCCAUGUGGAGGUCAGCAGAAAGGCAGAGUUUGACCUUAAUCCCUUGGAAAAUCUGUUCAAAAUCGAAUUUGAAAAUGGGAAGCUUACACUAAAUUGUGUGCUUGUUUGUUUUCUUUCAAAUGAAGGGUAAGCACCUGAAUCAAAUAUGCCUACAAAAUGUGAUAAUUUGAUGGUUGUCUUGCGAUACAACCAACCUUCUUUAUUUCAAUUCCCUGUUUUAGCUAAAUACUUUUUGCAAAUACUUUGUCAAAUAAAUACGCGUAAACUCUA